CACAGUCAUCGGAAGCCACGCUGCUCUACUUGUGCCUACGCAUGGGACGACCCCUGCACAAGAAAGUCCAGUGCUCUGUCACCACCUCCAAGCGCACAUUCGGCCCAGUACUGGUUUGGCGUGCCACGGAACAGAGCAGAUGAGCUGUAUUACUUCUUGGAAAAGUGGGCGCCUUCUGUGUAUGGCGACGUGCAUCGGGUUGACAUGGCCAACCGUGGAUUUGAGCCAUUGCCAGAGCCCGAGGAUGACGACGAGGCCGAGUUGCUCACUGCCAACAGCCACGUCGUGGGGACGAUCAGCGGUACUGAAGAAGGACGCGACACUCCUGACAUAAGCGGCAGCAAGGGCCACCAUGGCUCCAAGAAGGGCCACAGUGGCGCUCUACGCUUCUUCAAGCUUUUUGACAGUGGCACGGCACAGCCUGAAGCUGCUGCAGUUUCUCCUGGUGAUUGGGAGGUGGUGUCAAUGAGUGAAACACGCAGGGAGUCUGCACUAGACCUGACUGACCUUCCUUUGCCCGAGUUGCUCGAUUCCACGGAAAUCUUCACCGAGGAGCACCGUCGGGAGCUGUGCAAGCACCUUCCAGCGCGUGCAGAGAGUUACUCGUGGGCACUUGUAUACAGUACACUGAAGCAUGGCUUUAGCCUCAAGACUCUUUACCGUGAGAUGCUCAAGAUUGAAUCACCCAUCCUGCUCGCAGUGUUGGACACUGAAGGCGCUGUUUUUGGUGUUCUGACAUCGUGUUCCCUGAGAAUGAGUGACCACUUCUAUGGCACAGGAGAAUCAUUCCUUUUUACCUUCCACCCAGAGUUCAAGUUGUACAAAUGGACAGGCGAAAAUGUCUACUUCAUCAAGGGCAAUGCUGAUUCCCUGGCUUUCGGUGCUGGAGAGUGAGUACAGCUUUACUUUCUGCCUCGGAUAAGUUCUUAACAGUACAUUCUGCUGCUGACCAUGAGGUUGCAGGUUUAAUUUCCAGCCUUGGAAGCUGCACCUAAGUGAGCACAGGAUGCGAAGGCACACCUGUGUCAUGUUUUAUUGCAUGUUAAAGAACUUUGGAUGGCUGAAGUGAACUUGGAGCAGCACUUCUGAAUGUGUGGGCUCGAAAUGUGUUCCUGAACCUGGCCCGAGAUCAAUGUUUUAAGCACUAUGCUCAGCUCUAUCCAUCACAGCAAAUCCACAGCUUUCACCUGGCCCAGUAAGACUUUACACAAAGCUCCAUUACUGCUGACCAGGAAAUAUGUAGUUUGUUCAUUAAGUCACAUAGAAACUCUUGUUCUGGUAUAAAAAGAGGGCAAUGUAAUAAAUGCUCCUGGAUGACAGUAACUUGAUUGUCGGAUCAGGCUUGGGAUGAUACAUCUUCAGUAGUAUUUAGCAC